AUGGACGACGCUCACGCCCAUCCUCCCUCACCUGCCUACAGCCUCCAUUCGCGGUCCCGGUCGAUUCCUCCAUCCUUACGCGACUUGCAGCCUAACAAUACAACUCCGAAGUCGGCUCCACACACCCGUCAACAGCGACUUUUGCAGACUCGUCAUGCAAGGUUCUCAGCUCAGUCGCUAUCUGUUAACGGCAUCAACACCCCAUAUUUGCAGCUGAACCGGUCCUGCGAGAACGAAUCCCCCUACUUUCCUUCUCCCCGCUUUAAAAGGAGGGACGAGAAUGACAGGGCUCAGACCAAGCCGGAAGAAUUGAGCAAUGCUUCUACAGAGUCAGCCAUCCUGAACGAGAUCUCCAACAGCAAUGCAUAUCGCAUACGCGGGCUGAAGAGGCGCGCUGCUAUUCCAGUCUUUGAGGACUCACCUGGCAAGCACUCAAACCCACAUUCGAUUUACCAGGACGUUUCCGGCGACAUUCACACACCCUCUCUUUCUGAUUCUGCACGAGAUAAUUCGCCUACCAUGGGCCUCAGGGAAGUUUCGCUCAACAUCCAGAGACCAUCGCCUGGCAAGCGCCGGACACUGAGCCGCAAGUCGUCUCUGGUUCGACCCACAUUCAAUCCGGACGAUUAUAUUGACCACAUCGAAAAUGAACUACAGACGGUCAAAGACGCCAUGUACUCUCCUACCACCCAUCUGCCAUGGAAGGACAAGUUAAAGAAGGCUAAAGAAGAGAUUCAGCGACUUAAGAAGGAGCUCGAGUCCACCAAAGCUUCUUUCGAGUACGAACUGCACCAAGCCGUCGAACGGUCUGCUGAAACAGAGCUCAAGCUCAAACGGAAGAUUAAGGAUCUGGAAGACGACGUCGAACUCAAGCAAUCCGUUAUCCAUGAUCUCGAAUAUGACUGUCAAGAAAAGAGGUUGGAUCAAACCGCUCUGGACUCCCUGAAAGCCAGGAUCGAGAAGUUGGAAGAUGAGAAGCUCAGUCUCGAAGCCACCAACCGUGACAUGACCAAGCGCAACGAGGUUUUAACCCACCUCCUCGCAUUGUCGCCUACCAAAACUCAGCCCGCUAUUGAACUUGCCACUCCCAGGAGGCGAAGUGCCCGUCCUAUGUCGUUGAUCAUCCCAAGAGUUCCUUCAUCUCCGGGGAUACGCACAUGUCAACCACACAGCAGACCACAGUCCAUACUUGUUUCCCCUGCGAUUGGCGCCUCCGACUACUUUGGAGCACAGAUUCCUUCAUCGCCAUUGGCUUCGAGUCCAGUAGGCCUCGACGAUGCCCAAUCUAUUGACUCAGGGCUCGGCGAGUCCUGUGCCCCCAUGGCUAGUGGCACCGGUUCAAGGCGGUCAACUAUGGCCUCCCACGUCUCAACUAGUCCAAGCAUGGAUGCCGGGGGUCAUGCUCGGGCUGAAAGCAGAUCACAAACCGUCUUACGGCAUCCAUCAAAGCGAAGACCUCGAAAGUUCAUGCCUGGAUCGACGCAACUCAAGCCUCUCCUACUACCGACAUUUACCGCGGAUAGUGGCAACCUCCCUUUGACUUCGCCCGUGGCAUCACCAACCCACCCCGUCCCCGUCCACUCCAACUUUCAGCAAAAUGCGUAUCAUGUAACACGGAUUGAGCAGCCAGCUAUUGAUGAAUAUGACGAGGCAACCUGUUCAAGUCCGGAUCAGGUCAUUGGUCGGCCUGGGCCCGCGUUCCAGAGCCUGGACGAGGUCUUUGCCGAAGACGCGAACAAGUUCCGGUUGGUUGAACUGGAGGAGACUUUGACAAAGCUUUCCAUUUCGAAUCAAUCGAGACAGUACGAAAGUCCAAUACAGAAUAACGACUUUUUGCCAAUUAAGGAUGACCAAAGCCCUGUCGGACCUCAUUCACAUCCUGGAAUCGACUCCUGGGUUUGGAAGACAAUCUCUUCGUAUUCGGAGUUCGCGGAAGGCAACUCAAAAGUUGUCGCACCGGGUCCUCUUGUGCUUAGCGACAAUGUUGAAAUCCCACAGCCAUUGUUCUCGCGGCAUCGGACGGGCGUAGAUAGAUGCUCUUCACAUAAUGCAUUCCCUGACUCUCCAUUGCAUCUUCGACAGCGACGGAAAACUAGCUCGAGUGUCGAAGCGUACCGAGCAGGCACCGACUGUACAGACGACAUGUACACGGGUAGCGAGCGUCGCACUAUUGAUUGCCAGGACUUAGAGAUGGCGACCUCUAGCUCGAAGGAGAAGACCAGCAAUCCGCUCAAUAGGCAAUCUGCCCAUCGCGACAGACAGGGCACGGCUCGCGCCCGCAAUCCGCUUGAGAUACUGCAGCAUCGCGGGAUUGGGACAAGACCCUUGGCCGCUUUGACUAUCCAGACGGUUUAUGCGACUGUGUCACGGUACACGUCCUACGUUCAAGGCUUCAAACGGGACCCUCUGGCUCUGGCACGACGUGUGAUAGCCAAUGCCUGGCGUUCGAACUGGUCGGUGUUUGGGAAAUUGAGCUGGUGGGUGCUAGGAUUGUUCAUUGGCCACCGGAGGCCACCCUCGGGCUACUUGGAAUGGAAUUGGGAAAGGUAUGAUGGUGAAAGCAUCGCCAAUCAGCAUUGCUAUCCGCAUGUCAACGAUCCUUCGGUGAGCGAACUCCGCACAAGAGCCUCUCAGGAUGCUCCAGCACCAAUGACUGAGGCCAGCGGGAAGUCAGGAAGGCGGCCUGGCGAGUCAUCUCCUUCAAACUCUACAGCUGCCAAAGAACCAAAGGAUGGUUGGGGUCGCUCGCUGUUCCUCUGGGGCAAAUUCAGUGUAGCGAUCAUGCUCGCAGUGGGAGGUGCUAUCGUCAAAGGACCAGCGGAGAUGUUGCGCGAGGCCGAUGAGAGAAGACGGUCGCGGCGAAACAGUCUUGCUACAGACUCGGAUAUUAGUGACGGUGGCCGACAUUUGGAGCUCAGCAAUGCGGAUAACAAAGAUGUCGGCAUUCAUCCGUUGCCAGAGAAGCCGCCAGACGGGAAACGCAAGGCUCGAAGCUUCAGUUCUCCGCCAACAUCGCCAGAGACCCAUGAUCGAGCAAUUUAUCCCACCGGUCAGCAUUCGUCUGAAGAGCAUGGAUUCCUGACACGAACACACCAAGCAUCUUGCCGGCCGACUUUGCCGGCCGAACCGUCACCCUCAAAUGACAACACGUUGAAGCCUGCUAGAAGCGAGCGCAAAGCAGUGGACUCACUUUUCGACUCGCCCGAGGAUAUCGAGAUCGGAGCCAGCAGCAGUCCGGGCAAGCUGUCCAUGCUAACAAUCAGAGCUGCAGGGUGCUGUGGUGAUUAG